CGUCGCUAGUGCUGGAGUAACGUCGGGGUUUAAGUGCGCACGUGAACGGUGCUCCUUUUUUCCUGCCCCGCCAAGUGAAAUAAUUAUUACGAAUUAGACCAAACGUUAGUUCCGUCUUUCACGAAAUCGUGAAAGCCAUUCAGACAUGGUGAUAGUAGUACUGCGUUUGCAGGGACUGACUAUUGAAGCAGGAUCUGAAGACAUUCGCAGGUUCUUCCAUGGCUUACCUAUCCUUGAAGGAGGUGUCCAUAUCAUUGGGGGCAAGAUGGGUGAAGCUUUUAUUAUAUUCAGUAGCGAGAGAGCUGGACAGUUGGCCAUGCUGUGUUCUGGAAAACAACUCAGAGGGUCGACUGUUAGCCUUCAUAAAAGCAGCAUGACCGAGCUUAAGCACAAAAUGGUGUUGAGUUUGAGGAAACGGAAACGUGCUCCUACUGAAAGUGAACCUGUGCCUCAGACAACAGCAGCAACAACAAACCCAACAGAAUAUUGCACUCGACUGAAUGUAGCGGCUAGAGUUGAAGGAUUGCAAUCUAACAACCACGUGAACCAAGAUCAGUCACCACCAGUUAUUACUUCUCAAUUAGAAAAUCUACCCAAAUCGGGUAAGGAUGCAAUCAAAAAGAGUUCAGUAGGAAAGCGAACACCACCUGUUAACAAUCAGGUAAUUGUUACAGAACCAACGAUACAUCGUGUGGAGACGAAACAUGAGGGAGUAAGAGAGGCAAACUCCUGCAAACCGGGUUAUCUUCGUCUUUACGGACUUCCGAAUACAAUCACGAGAGAUGAAGUCUGCCAGUUCCUUGAUGGACUCGAAGUGGUGGAUGUAAUAACCGAUACUUUACAAGGCGAGGACCAGUGUUGUCUAGUCAAGAUGUCUAGUUUUAAGGAUGCCAAGGAGGGCCUGAAAUCCAGCCGUAGUAGCCUGAGGGACUUCCAUGUCGAGGUUAGACUGGCACAUGAGAGAAUGUGGGAAAAUGCCAUGGAGCAUCGUGAAAAUCUCCCACGCUCCACAUUCUCAGAGGAGGUCAAAUUCUCUCCAGAGGGCAGCUUGCACAGGAAUCCUCCGGCGAAAAGUCCCUGCUUAUUUUUGGGAUCGCCAAAACGGCGCCGCUCUAAAUCGCCAUCCUUUGACACGGAGUACUGUGUCAUGGUGAAGAACCUUCCUAAAACUGUUACCAAGACUGAGAUAAGGGGCCUGUUCUCAUGUCAUGACAUACCAAACAGUAAAAUCCUGCAUCUACUAGACAAGUGGAAGGAACGAACAUCUACUGCCUUUAUAAUAUUUACAGAGCCAGAGGAAUAUACCUCAGCCAUGAACAUGAAUGGCAUUGCAGUUGGCUCACAAAUAAUUGACGUCUCCUCCAUUACCAAGGAAAAAAUGAGGGACCUAAUGUCUCAGAACAGAUGUACUGACUCAGAAAGGGCACGUCCGUGCAGCACACAAACUCGCCCGGUUUUGUCUUGCAUCUACGCGCGGAAUUUCCCUGCUGCUGUGAGGAAACCGGAAGUGAAAGCCUUUUUCGGCAUGCAUGACGUCAGCGAAGAGGACAUCGAGUUGCUCAAGGACGAAAACGGCAACGGAAUUGGUGAGGCUGUUAUUCGAUUUCGAUGCGAGGAACGUGCCAGGGAGGCUCGUCGUCUACACGGAGAGCGCUUCAGGCAAGAACACAUUCUGCUUACCUGUAUUUCACCACAACAAAUGAUGGACAUCUUGCACAAAAAUCGGUGAACUCACAUUUUGGGUAGGAUGUACAUCAGACUCAAAAAUGACUCUGGGACUGUUCAUAUUUCAAUGAAUGUAAAAAAAAAAAAAAAAAAAAUGCAUUGUAUGGACUAUCAUUCUUUUGGUCCAUUUGAAAUCUUUACGGCCAAGUGUUUAGCGAAGGCAUUCGAUAUACCUGUAUAUUUUGCACAAUAAACCAUGUUUUAGA